CCAAGACGCGCUCGGCGGCGGCGGCCGGCUGCUCUCACUUCGCAGUGGCUCUCACACAGUGAGUAUGGGCCUACUCACCCGCGUCCUCCCGACGUUCCUCAAGCCCGCUCCCGACCCAAGCCCAGAGGCCGCCGAAGGGCCGGUGAGGGAUCGCCUCUCGUUCCAGUACGCCGCCACAGAGCUGCCGUCGCCCAGGCCGUCGCCGCGAGGUGCAAAGGAGGCCCCGGUCGGUGGUGCACUUGCCGAGACGCUGGGCAACGCCACUCGCCACGGCAUCGCACCCGGCCCGGACGGGCGCUCGCUCGCCAAGAUCAACCAGGACCGCGGUGUCGUGCACUACCCGUUCAACGGCUCGUGCAACGAGGCGCUGCUGUGCGUCUUUGACGGGCACGGCGGCAGCGGCGAGAAGGUUGCCGAAUUCUGCAUGCGAGCCAUCCCCGAGCUGCUCCAGCAGAACGGCCUUGAGCUCCGUGCGAGCCCUUCCGAGCAGCUUUCUAACACGGUGUGCGAGGCCGACCGAGCCGUCUUGGCUCACCGCGGGGGCGAGUUUGCACGGAUGUGCGGAUGCACAUCGAUAAUCGUCUACAUGCAGGGGGCAACCGUCUGGACGGCAUGCUCUGGCGACUCGAGAGCUGUGCUCGGCUACGUGCGCGACGGAGCGAUCCGGGCGCGGGAUCUCUCGGUCGACUGCAAGCCGGACUCGCCCGAAGAGUACGAGCGCAUCGUCGGCGCGGGCGGGGUCGUCUCGGGCGCGAGCGGCGCCUCGCCCGCGCGAGUGUGGGCCGACGGGCGCGUGGGCUUGGCGAUGUCCCGCUCCAUCGGCGACGGCGAGUGCAAGCGCUUUGGCGUCAUCCCCGACCCCGAGAUCAAGCGGUUCGAUCUCGGCGCCGCGCCCGCCAACGAGCCAGAGGCCGACGGCGACCGCUUCAUCAUCGUCGCGUCCGACGGGGUGUGGGAGUUCAUCGACUCGCAGGAGGCUUGCGAGAUCGUGGCGUCCGCGCCGGCGUCAGCGGCCGAGGGGUGCGCCAAGCUCGUGCACGAGGCGGCCGCGCGGUGGAAGCAGGAGGAGGGCAACUACCGCGACGACAUCACCGCGAUCGUCGCGCGGCUGCCCUUCACCUUUGGCUCUGCCACCGUCGACGCGCAGCAGGAGCCGGCCCUCGCCGACGUGGGCUCCUACUACAUCAACCUCGGCGCGCGGGGGAUCUCCAAGUUUGGGCGCGAGCCCGCGACCGUGAUGAAGCGAAAGUCACGCGCGGAGGACCCGGCGGAGGAGAGCAACCGCGACUCGACGCCAGACAGCCCCGUCGCGGCGGACGGGUCGGACUUCGCCAAGAGGCGGCUCUCGGUCGCGUCUCCCGUCGUCGGCGACUUUGGAGCCGAGCUCUCGGACAGCUUCCGUUCCCUCGGAGGUUGGGAGGCUGGCACCGAGGUGGCGUCCGAACCGUCGGAGUCGUCCGACUUGGAGUAGCGGGCGGCAGAUCACGACUUCACGAGCCGUCGCUCUCAAAGAAUAACGCUUUGGACGUACACGUUGCUCGGUUCCGCCGCUCGCACGCCGCGGUUUUGUCAUGUGUGAUCUGUGAUCUGUAAGGGUCCGCCCGCAGGCGCAUUUUGUAUACCGAGGCGGUGCCCGGUGCCGAACCUGUCGGACCUUAAGACAGCAUUUUGUAUAGU